AUGCCAGGCUCAGAGUCAGAAUCAGAGUCGGAUAUUGACCUCGACCAUCCUCAUGGUUAUCUCAUCGACGAAGACGAAGAACAAGACGAACCAUCCCUCUUCGAGCCACCACCUUCUUAUGAACAAUCCGUUGCUGCAUUAUCCACCACUUCUUCCUCGACCUCCUCUUCCUCAACCUCACGCCAACAACAGCAUAGUUCCCGCUCCAAUCCUUUCCUGCAGAACAACAGCAAUGACGGCCGUGGUUUUGCGCAGGGUCUUUCUUCGUCGCACCAUGGACAACAAUUUUCAUCCUCGUCUUCAGAUCAGGAAAUAUUUGCGCCAAGCAUCGCUCCUCAACACCCGCCCUCGGCUCCUCCUUUGAAUCUCUUGGCAUCCACCUCCUCCAACAACAUUAACCACCACUCGUCGUCGUCUCGAAUUGGUGGUCCAAGCUUGCGCACGAGCCGCACUUUGGGUGAUUUAAAUUCGACAACAGCCAACACCUUCAACAGCAACACCACUACCACAACCGCCACCUACACUACCAUCCACGAAAACGACAGCACCGCCGGCGAAAGAAGAUCAUCAACUUUACGAGGCAAACGAGCAGUUAAGAAUCGCCACAACAUAACCAACACCGACGACGACUACCACAAAAGCAACAUUAACAACGACGUCGAGACCCUGGCUUUUGGAGAACAAGCUGCCACUUCUCCCUCAUACAUGCAUCCCUCUGCCACCUCCUCUUCAACCUCUGUCGCAUCCUCACAACUGCGAGGGGACCAAGACUAUUAUUUCAAUCCCCAAAACGGCGACGCGUCUACAGGACAACAGCGCACAGCACGUCGUCUCCAGCACAAGCAGGCCCAUGCACGGCACUCCGCCUCUGCCCCCAACCUCCACCCACGCCAACCACAGCCGCACGAGAUCUCGGCCGCCAGAGCUGCCGCUGUAGCUGAUGCCUUGCAAGCCCCCAGGGUGCCUCUCUCGCAAUCGGUGAUCCCUGCACCACCACCUCGUCUUCUCCAGUUCCGGUCACGCGAGCCUAGCUCAGUCCCCGCUUGCCCUUUCCUACUUUGUCAGAAACCGAUUGCCUACACCAAGACCCGUCGUGAACGAGGAGUAACGGUUUGGAUUGUCUGUGGACUCUUGUUCCUCUGCAACACUUACUGGACCACACAGUCGUUGAUCUCUUAUUUCUCCCCGCCGAACCACGAUCAAGUCUAUUCACAGGACACGGCCGACACCUUGGCCAACUCUGGUUUCUCGGCCAAGGGCGAAGCAAGUCAUUUGGUGAAGGGAUUCUUGGGAUUCAAGACACACCGAUACAAGGAUCCUCAAUUCAAGAAAUACCAGCGACAUCAGUCGGCACUGAAGAGACCUACGAUCGCGACCGUGGGGGUUGUCCAGGACGAUACGAGUGCUCUCCGGGCAGUUCUGAGUUUUUUAUUGAUGGCCGUGAUGGCGAUUGUGAGGUGGUGGAUGUGUCUGACACCGUUGUUGAUUCGGCCGUUGUUUGAUACCGUCCAUAGCUGUCCACACCCACACCUGUACCCCUUCCCUGAGGAAUUGGAGCAGGAGCGGAAGGAGAAGGAGGAGGAGGAUCGGCGAGAGGAAGAAGAGUUUCGGAGGCAACUGGUGCGUCAGCAGAGUUUGCAGGAAGGGUUGACCUGGGCUAGUUGGCGUGGAGGGGAUGAGAAGGAGCGACUGCGUGCCAGAGACGAAGCUGAGAGAGCAGCGGCAGGAGGAGGAGGUACGAGUACGCCGAGCGAUGAUUUCUUGCGCGACACUAAGGGCCAAUCUGGACAUAAUUACAAUAACAAUCCAUCGACAGAAGGCGAGACCCAAGAGCCACCGGUCACGUCAACACCAGUACCAGAAACAGCAGUGGGAGAGGAGGAUACGGACAAGGACAAGGGCAAGAGCAAGGACAAGAAAUCGCAAAAGGGUGAUGGUCGAUUCAAGUUCUGGAGACGGUUCCGUGCGGCGCGACAGCAGCGCCAGGAGCAAGGAAAGCAGGUCUUGGCGACGACGGUGAUCCAGUUCAAGAAGAAACAGCUCUCCUGGCGGGCGCGGAGGGAGUUGAAGAAGAAGGAGGAGAGGCGGAAGGCGAUCAUUAAGGCGUCUCAAGAUAUUGGGCGGUUCAGUCUUUUGUUCCAGUUGGGGUCGUUUCUUCUGCUGGACCGGUGGGGCCAAUCGACGAUUGUUGGCCCUGGCAAGCAGCAGCAGCAGCAUUAA